GGCGGCGUGGAGGGGGCGGGGCAGAGCGGAGGCAGCGGUGCAGGCGGGUUCGGGUGUCUCCCGGCUCCGGCUGCUGCUGCGGCCGCCUCGUGAGUCUGGGGCCAGGCGGGGCUGGCGGGUAUCGCUGGAGGGAUAAGAGGCCCCCCGGGAAGCCCCCCACCAUGGGUAACGUCCUGGCCGCCAGCUCUCCCACACCCUCCCCCACCAUGCCGAGUCCUGGAUCUGGGCUGGUGUCAGUGCCGCCUGGCUUCACCAUGCCCCCCGUCAGCGGGCUGGGCCCCCCUGCGCAGGAGCGGCCGGAGGAGAAGGGGGAUCGGCUACCCAACCCUGGCACCUUUGAGGAAUGUCACCGCAAGUGCAAAGAAUUGUUCCCCAUCCAGAUGGAAGGUGUGAAACUGACAGUGAAUAAAGGUCUUAGCAACCAUUUCCAGGUGAAUCACAGCGUCGCCCUCAGCACUGUUGGUGACUCCAGCUAUCACUUCGGGGUCACCUACGUGGGCACCAAGCAGCUCAGCCCCACAGAGGCCUUCCCGGUGCUGGUGGGCGACAUGGAUAACAGUGGCAGCCUCAAUGCCCAGAUCAUCCACCAGCUCUCGACCCGGCUGCGCUCCAAGGUGGCCUUCCAGACGCAGCAGUCCAAGUUCGUGAACUGGCAUGUGGAUGGAGAGUAUCGGGGGGAGGAUUUCACGGCAGCAGUGACGCUGGGAAACCCCGACAUCCUGGUGGGCUCAGGGAUCCUGGUAGCCCAUUACCUACAGAGCAUCACACCCUGCCUGGCGCUGGGCGGCGAGCUGGUCUAUCACCGCCGGCCAGGAGAGGAGGGCACCGUCAUGUCUCUGGCUGGGAAAUACACAGCACCUAACUGGAUUGGGACCUUGACGGUGGGGCAAGCCGGGGCCCAUGCAACCUACUACCAUAAAGCCAAUGACCAGCUGCAGGUGGGCGUGGAGUUUGAGGCCAGCACACGCAUGCAGGACACUAGCGUCUCCUUUGGCUACCAGCUUGACUUGCCCAAGGCCAACCUGCUCUUCAAAGGCUCUGUGGACAGUAAUUGGAUCGUGGGUGCGGUGCUGGAGAAGAAGCUGCUGCCGCUGCCCCUGACGCUGGCCAUGGGGGCCUUCCUGAACCACCGCAAGAACAAGUUCCAGUGUGGCUUCGGCCUCACCAUUGGCUAGAGCCCUCUCCUCCUCUUCCACCAGCCCUCCUCCCCCAUUCCAGUGUCCCCAGCCCAGUCUGCCGGGCGGUUUGAGCCGCUCUGGGACCCUUUGCCCCACCCAUCCCUGCUGGUGCUGCCCAGUUAAGCCCUGGAGUGUGGGGCUCCAGCCCCUUUUCUGCCCCACACAGGCACCUCCCCGAGGGCCAUGGGAUAGGUCCUGACAGAGCCCCGGGGUCUGAUCCCCAGGGCGAGCCCCUUAGUGCGGCGGUUCUGGCACUGUCCUGUUCCAGUCACCUCGUCUGCCCCUCGGGACAGGUCCCACAAGGUUCGACCCGCUGUCCCCAGGGGCUGCUGGAAAAUGGGGAGCUGGCUGGUGCAGGGGCAGCGGCUGCUGGGGCCCUCAGGUGGUGCCUGGGCUCUUCCAGCAGCUCCUGGUGGGAGGGCAGGCGCAACCCUUCCUGCCUCGGGGAGGGGACCCAGUGUCCCAUCUCUUCCCGUGGCUUGGACUUGGCUGGGGGCUGUCCUGGGGCACCAGGUAGGUGAACCCAGUGACGGCUGUAAAAUGCCCUCUUCUGCCUGGUUCCCUGUGCUGACAUCCUUCCUCACCAGAGGGCGCUGUGACCUCAGGAACUGUCCUUCCCCCGGAGCAAUGGGAGAGGGACCGGCUCUGUCCUGGGGGUGGGGUCGCUUGGCCUGUUGCACUGAUUGGGGAUCGGGGCUGGGCGGAUCCCCUCAGGAAUGGAUUGUCCCAGCUGGUGGGGGUGCACUGACCCCGCAACUCUCUGCCAGGAGGGGUUGGAUCCCUCCCCAAACAGCCCCCCACACCCCAUCUUGGUGCAGCUGUGGGGAGAUUCCCUCUCUCUCUCUGUGCCAAUUACACCCCUCCCUUGGAUCGCUGGGGUACCAGUGGCUCUGCAGCCUCUUAUCUCACAGCCCAGGGAGCUGUGGGGCAGAGUCUACACCUGGGGUGAUGGGGCCACAACCCCAGCUCCCCUGCUCAGCCCUACCUCGCCCCUCUCAGCCUACACGUAUCCAAAGAGACACAAGGGACCUAUUGAGUGCUCUCUGCACCCACCACGAGUGGGGGUCUGUGCCCCCCCCAACAGGAGCAGCAGUAGUUUGGGGGGCCCUGCCUGCAUCCCAUCCCCACCCAGCAGCACUGAGGAAGACCAGCGCUUUGAGGGAGGGGUCCUGUCAGCCCCACCAGCAGCACCAGGAGGAGCAGCGGAUUGGGGGGGGAUCCCCAACAGCACUAGGAGGAGCAACGGUUUGGGGAAUCUCAGCAGUACCAGGAGGAGCAGUGGAUUGGGGGUCCCUCUCAGCCCCCCCAGCAGCACCUGGAGGAGCAGCGGAUUGGGGGUUCCUCCGCCCCGCCGUUAGAGACUCUGCAUGUAAAUCAUGUUUAUAAGUUAUGGGAACUGAAGGAUCUUUUAUAGAGACCCUCAAAACACCGCCCCCUCCCCCUAUGAUGUUGGAAAUGUCCUGUCUGAAUAAACCCCCCAGCACUGGG